AUGACAAAGAUAUUCUUGGUUCUAGUACUUCUGCAAACUUUGUUCAACAUUUUGGUUGUGGCUUCGGCUGGUAACCUCAACCAAGAUUUUGACUUAACAUGGGGUGACGGUCGAGCGCAAAUUCUCGACAACGGGCAGCUUCUUACGCUGUCCCUGGACAAGACUUCGGGGUCGGGUUUCCGGUCCAAGAAUCAGUACUUGUUUGGGAAAAUUGAUAUGCAGAUCAAGCUUGUCCCUGGUAACUCUGCUGGUACUGUUACGGCUUACUAUCUGUCCUCGUUGGGUUCUACUCAUGACGAGAUAGAUUUUGAGUUUCUAGGCAACCUAAGCGGAGAUCCUUAUAUUCUACACACAAAUGUUUUCACACAAGGGAAGGGUAAUAGGGAGCAACAAUUCUAUCUUUGGUUUGAUCCCACCAAAGACUUCCACACCUACUCCAUCUUGUGGAACCCUCAAAGCAUCAUAUUCUCUGUGGAUGGGACACCCAUUAGACAGUUCAAGAACUUAGAAUCGAAGGGAAUUCCUUUCCCAAAGAACCAAGCCAUGUCAAUAUACUCAAGCCUGUGGAAUGCAGAUGAUUGGGCCACACGUGGAGGGCUUGUGAAGGCAGAUUGGAGCAAAGCCCCAUUUACAGCCUCAUACAGAAACUUCAACGCCCAAGCUUGCACUUGGUCUUCAGGCUCUUCCCAUUGUUCUUCUUCCAGUUCCUCAAGCUCCUCCAGCUGGUUGAGUCAGUCACUGGAUGCAACUGGCCAAGAAAGAAUCAAAUGGGUUCAGAAGAACUACAUGAUUUACAACUAUUGCAGAGAUACCAAGCGCUUCCCACAAGGGUUUCCAGCUGAGUGCUCAUUGGCAUGA